GGGUCGCCGUGCCGAAUGUCAUCAGUUAACACAACCUCACACAACCAGGAACAUCUCCAAAAAGUGGUGUUGUUCUAGCGUGUGUUGUUUUCAAUCCGAGAAGCGUAGUCUCUUUACACCAGAGCCGUGCCCACCACGCCAAAUAUGCGCGCAUUCGUGGCACUCGCCUGUGUGGCGUUGGCCUAUGGCCGUCCAGAACCUCCAGUUGGAUACAGCUACUCAGCACCAUCCGCUAAAUAUGCUGUGCCUUCUGGCAGCUACGGAACCCCAUCAAUUGGAGGAAUUUCCAGCGGAAUUUCUCUAGGAGGAUUGUCUGGUGGUGGUCACUCAUCGGGAGGAAUCUCACUGAGCGGUGGUCAUUCUUCGGGUGGCAUCUCCCUUUCCGGAGGAAGUCUCGGUGGUGGAUUUGGCAGUGGAAUUAGCGGCGGAUUUGGCAGUGGAAUCGGUGGUGGAAUCGGCGGUGGAAUCGGCGGUGGAAUCGGCGGUGACGCUGGUUUCGGUGGUGGAUUCGGCGGUGGUUUCGGUGGUGCUCCUCUAGUUCAGAAGCACAUCUACGUCCACGUUCCCCCGCCAGAACCUCAAGAGCAGAGACUGCCCCGCAUCACCCCCGUUGCUCCUCCUCAGAAACACUACAAAAUCAUCUUCAUCAAGGCCCCGACUCCACCCACUCCCGUCGCUCCCAUCAUCCCAAUUCAGGCUCAAAACGAAGAGAAGACCCUCGUAUACGUCCUGGUCAAGAGGCCCGAAGAACAACCUGACAUCAUCAUCCCCACACCAGCUCCCACUCAACCCUCGAAACCCGAAGUAUACUUCAUCAAAUACCAGACCCAGAAGGAAGGCGGCGGCAUCGGAGGUGGUUUCAUCGGUGGUGGUGCUAUCGGUGGCGGCGCUAUUGGCGGUGGUGCUAUCGGCGGUGGUGCCAUUGACGGUGGCGCUAUCAGUGGUGGAUCUAUCGGCGGUGGUGACCUCGGUACUUCAGGAAUUGAAGGCGCCGUGCUUAGCGGAAGCGGUGGUCACGGAGGAGUUGAAAUCGCUACCGACUUUGGAGCCAGCGGUGGUGACGUGAGUGUGUCGUCUGGUGGAGCCACUAGCGCUCAAUACGGUCCCCCCGGUCACGUAGCUGGACCCCUCCAUUAAGUAAUAUCACAGCAAUUUAAUUAGGUGAUAUCGAAUACAACCAGUCAUUAUAUUUAUUGCUGAGCGAAAAACUAAGUUCCAAAAAUGUUGUAGAAAAUUUUAUCUCGAUCGAUUUAUUAUAAUUAUAUUUUUAAAAUAUGUAUCACCUGCUGCCAGCGGUUGGACGAUCUGUACAUAGUCACCUCCCACGUGUCCUCCCGCAGGUUGGCAAACGGGACUCAAAACAGUGAUUUAAAACUCAUCAUCGACUAUCAUCUUUACUCGUUAUUAGUGCACAGUGUUAAUGUUGUUCAAAUGAAUGUAUUUGAUUGCGACUGUUAUGUUUAUGUAUUAUAAAUAGCUUUUAUUUUUUUAUAAUAAAAAAAAGGUAUGAUGCAA